UGCGAUUUCGCGGUAUAUUAGGUCAUCUGCACAGUUUGGUUGGCUUCACGGCUGGGUCAUGCAUUGGCCUAAGGAACGCGUUGUGAAUUUUUGAACUCUAUCUUUUUGGGAAAAUUCGUGAAAGAAACGAAGCAAAAUAACGGUUUUUUGUGUGAGUUCUAUUAGCCUUUGUUCGAAAAAGAAUCAAGAUGGCCGAAUUUUGGUUGAUUUCAGCGCCCGGAGAUCGCAGUCCACAACAAACUUGGGAGAAAUGCAAAGUGGCAACAAAAGAUUUGUCAUUGAACUAUAAAUUAAUUCUUCCUGAAUUGAAGGUUGGAACUCUUGACACACUUGUAGGUCUAUCAGAUGACCUUGGUAAAUUGGAUGCUUUUGUUGAGAGCAUUGUGAAAAAAGUUGCUGGAUACACAGUAGAUGUUCUGGAGGAAAAGCAAGAUAAAGUAAUGGAGAACCUGCAAGUUAAUAGAAUGGACCCUGCGACCUAUCUGACAAAGUUCCAGUGGGACUCAGCGAAAUACCCAAUCAAACAACCUCUUAGAAAUCUUGCAGAGAUCAUUAGCAAGCAAGUUACCCAAAUUGAUGCAGAUUUAAAAACAAAGGCAAAUGCUUAUAACACAGUAAAGGGCUCACUUCAGUCCCUUGAAAGGAAGGCCACGGGCAGCUUAAUGACAAGGAACCUGAAUGAUAUUGUGAAAAAGGAAAACUUUGUUCUAGGUUCUGAGUAUCUUUCAACUCUGCUAGUUGUGGUGCCAAAAAGCCAAAUGGAUGACUGGAAAUUAGCCUAUGAAAAACUAACAGAUAUGGUUGUACCAAGAUCUUCAAAAUUAUUGUAUGAAGACGGAGAAAAUGGUUUGUUCUCUGUCACACUCUUCAAAAAAGUGGUAGAUGAAUUCAAGCUGCAUGCAAGGGAGAAAAAGUUUGUUGUGCGGGAUUUUGUUUACGACGAAGAAGAGUUGGCUGCAAGCAAAAACGAGAUCUCUCGUCUUACAUCUGACAAAAAGAAGCUAUUUGGACCGCUUGUAAAAUGGCUGCGAGUCAAUUUUGGCGAAUCAUUCAUUGCUUGGAUUCAUGUCAAGGCCCUCCGUGUUUUCGUCGAAUCGGUCCUUCGAUACGGAUUACCCGUCAACUUUCAAGCAAUGUUGUUACAGCCAAACAAAGGGAAAACAAGAAAACUGCGAGAUGUCUUGCUUGAUUUAUAUGCUCACUUAGAUUCACAAGCAUCCAAAGGAACGCAAGGAGAUGUGGACAUACCUGGGCUGAUGCUGGGGCAACGGGAAUAUUAUCCUUAUGUAUGCUUUAACAUCAAAUUAAAUAUUUUUGAACGCUAGAAAUCGAUUAAUGAAUUUUAUUGUAUCGAAUCAUGGAAUUUUUUUCAAAAUUAGAAUUGAUUUACCUGAAGCUCCUAUUUUGGUAAAGGUGACAUCAAAAUUUUGGAGCUGUGCUAUUCUUUUGAGUUAGCUAUCGGUCUGAAUUGAUUAUACUUUUGUUAAAAUAGCAAGUUUUUGAAAAACUCUUUUAACUGACUUUGGCAACCCUAUGAAAGCUGGUGAAUCCAAAAACUUAACUCAAGAAAUCAGGAAUAACAUCUAAUAUACGUUUCCAGAAUUUUUUGUUGUCAUGCUUUGGAUCUAUGUAGCAUUGGUAUGAAUUUUAUGUCACUACAUUUAAUAAGACUCUGUCACAGCAAAACAGGAAUGGGGUUGGGAGUAACAGAAGAAUUCCUAAAAUAUCAGUUGUUGCUUUCAUUCUAAUUGACUGUAGAUGUCCAGGCUAGGAUACUUAGGCCGAAAUGCCAUAAAUUAUGUUUGAUAAAACUGUAAUUCUGUCACAGCAAAAGAGUAAUGGGGUUUGAAGUAACAGAAUAAUUUUUAAAAUUUAGUUGUUGUUUUCAUUCUGAAUGACUGUAGAUGUCCAGGCUAGGAUUCAUAGGCCGAGACGCCAUAAAUUAUGUUUGAUACCAAGCCUUUUAGGAAAUCAACAGUAUUGGAUAAGGAGUGCUGCUAAUCUUUUCCAUGUGCUGUUAGUUUUUGCCUGCAUUUAUUUAUUUAAGAAGAGACCCUUUAUAUAUAGAGUUAUGAUUGUGUGGUCACUUUUAAAGGUCAUACCUUUGCGGGGCAGAGAGAUCAUCAAAUUGCUCUUUAACUUUGUCAAAUUUCCGUAUUUUUUUAUUUUAAGUGCACUUGUCAAUGUCGUGACGCAGUUGCCUUAUUAAUGCAUCUUCCCUCAAAGUAAACAUACUAAUCCAAGUUCUGAUUAUUGUAUCGAAUCAUGGAAUUUUUUUCAAAAUUAGAAUUGAUUUACCUGAAGCUCCUAUUUUGGUAAAGGUGACAUCAAAAUUUUGGAGCUGUGCUAUUCUUUUGAGUUAGCUAUCGGUCUGAAUUGAUUAUACUUUUGUUAAAAUAGCAAGUUUUUGAAAAACUCUUUUAACUGACUUUGGCAACCCUAUGAAAGCUGGUGAAUCCAAAAACUUAACUCAAGAAAUCAGGAAUAACAUCUAAUAUACGUUUCCAGAAUUUUUUGUUGUCAUGCUUUGGAUCUAUGUAGCAUUGGUAUGAAUUUUAUGUCACUACAUUUAAUAAGACUCUGUCACAGCAAAACAGGAAUGGGGUUGGGAGUAACAGAAGAAUUCCUAAAAUAUCAGUUGUUGCUUUCAUUCUAAUUGACUGUAGAUGUCCAGGCUAGGAUACUUAGGCCGAAAUGCCAUAAAUUAUGUUUGAUAAAACUGUAAUUCUGUCACAGCAAAAGAGUAAUGGGGUUUGAAGUAACAGAAUAAUUUUUAAAAUUUAGUUGUUGUUUUCAUUCUGAAUGACUGUAGAUGUCCAGGCUAGGAUUCAUAGGCCGAGACGCCAUAAAUUAUGUUUGAUACCAAGCCUUUUAGGAAAUCAACAGUAUUGGAUAAGGAGUGCUGCUAAUCUUUUCCAUGUGCUGUUAGUUUUUGCCUGCAUUUAUUUAUUUAAGAAGAGACCCUUUAUAUAUAGAGUUAUGAUUGUGUGGUCACUUUUAAAGGUCAUACCUUUGCGGGGCAGAGAGAUCAUCAAAUUGCUCUUUAACUUUGUCAAAUUUCCGUAUUUUUUUAUUUUAAGUGCACUUGUCAAUGUCGUGACGCAGUUGCCUUAUUAAUGCAUCUUCCCUCAAAGUAAACAUACUAAUCCAAGUAAAGAUACUGAGUCAGUUUUCACGGGAUAUUCGACCAAAUAACAGAUUUAAUAACUCCUUCUCUUUAUCUUGGCUAUUGAUUUUUACGUAACUGUGUUUAUGAAUGAACUUAUUUCUGUAGAAUUGGCAAAUAUUUUAUAUGCAUUAAUUUCAGUUUCUUGUUGUUAAA